AUGUUCCAAAAAAUUUUAGGUUUUGGUUUAAAUAGUAUAUUGUAUCAGCGUGGCAUUUAUCCAGCACAUUCGUUUGUUCGAGAAACGAAAUAUGGAUUGCCGCUUUUGGUUACGAAAGAUCCGAAAUUGCAAAAUUUUCUUUCUCCUCUUCUUAAACAAAUUCAGUAUUGGCUUCAAAAGAAGCAAUUGAAACGUUUGGUUGUUGUGAUUUGUAAAAUACCGGCAAGAGAAGUUAUAGAAAGGUGGCAGUUUGAUAUUGAAACAGAUGAAGAAAUUCAGGAAGCUGGCGAAAAUUCGAUUCGAAACAAAGAUGAAAAAAAAAUAAAGCAAGAAAUGUCUGAUGUUAUAAGGCAAAUCACAGCUUCAAUCGCUUUUUUACCGCAAUUAGACGAACUCUGCUCGUUUGAUGUUUUAAUAUACACAGGUAAGGAUACAGAUGCGCCAGAGGAUUGGACUGAAAGCGACGCUUGUAACAUUGAAAAUGCCCAUGAAGUACAGCUUCGAUCUUUCUCAACAUCUGUGCAUACAGUUCACACAAAAGUAGCAUAUAAAGCAGAUUUCUGA